AUGGAAGAUCUCACUAUAGGGGAUUAUGCUGUGCUAGAAGACUGCAGAAAUAUGGAGGAUUGGGAUUCUGCUACUGGAUCUGUGACCCAUCAUUGUGUUCGUUUGACUCAAGUUAACAGUAAUGUAGUGGAUGAGCAUCGUAAAGAUCACAUUCAAAGUCAGAAAAAUUUAGAAUUUGACAUUUCUCACAUAUGGUGUCGGAAACCAGUUUCUGUCUUGAAAGAGUACUGUGAUACCAUAAAAAUAUAUGUCUUCUGGCCACUGCUAUUUCAACGUGGAAAUGGUUCUUUAAUAGCACAGUUACAUCCCUUUGUGGAGGCCAAGAAUUCUCGUGCCUGUGAGCUAAGUUUGGAGAAAUUACAGCAUAUUGAAUUGAUGGAAGAGAUUAUGGAUUUGGUAAAGAAAGUUGUGGUUGCUGCAAGUCAGAGUCAGCUAGACGGGAAUGAGUUUAGUGCACAAAAAGGCUCAAAGCCUUUUCAGUGA